AUGAGUGUGGGAAGGGCCCACCACAGCUUCCUGUCCUGUGAAGAAGAAGGCCUACGACUCAGCACCAUGCCUGCCGUGGGCAGCUUCGGCAAUGGGAAGAUCCACACCAGACGCAAAUACCACAGCCGGUUUGUCGCCAAGACCGGCCAAUGCAACGUUCAUUUCACAAACAUGGAUGAGAAGUCACAGCGGUACAUAUCUGACAUUUUCACUACUUGUGUGGACAUCCGCUGGCGAUACAUGUUCCUGAUGUUCAGUCUGGCAUUUGUAGUCUCCUGGCUCACCUUUGGCCUAGCGUUCUGGGUAAUUGGGCUCCUUCACGGUGACAUGGACCAUGUAGGAGAGGACGACAGUUUUGUUCCAUGUGUCACACAGGUCAGCAGCUUUGUGGCAGCUUUUCUGUUCUCUGUUGAAACCCAGACGACCAUCGGGUAUGGAGCUCGCUAUGUGACGGAGGAAUGCCCGGCUGCUGUCUUUAUGGUCGUCUUUCAGUCCAUCAUGGGCUGCAUUAUUGACGCCUUCAUGAUCGGUGCCAUUAUGGCCAAGAUGGCAAGACCCAAAAAGCGUGCAGAGACUCUACUGUUCAGCCACAACGCAGUCAUCGCUUUACGAGAUGGGAAACUGUGCUUAAUGUUUAGGGUUGCUAAUUUAAGGAAGAGCCAUAUUGUGGAGGCUCAUGUGCGCGCUCAGCUGGUCAAACCUCGUUUCACAGAGGAAGGCGAGUACAUCCCCUUGGAUCAGAUUGAUAUGAAUGUAGGCUACGACAAAGGCACUGACCGCCUGUUUCUGGUUGCCCCCCUCACUGUCAUACAUGAGAUUGAUGAGGAGAGCCCACUGUUCGGCAUCAGUAAGCAAGAUCUGGAAACAUCAGAAUUUGAAAUAGUUAUCAUACUUGAAGGGUUGGUGGAGGCCACAGCUAUGACGACGCAGGCACGCAGCUCCUACCUGUCCUCAGAGAUCCUGUGGGGUCACCGCUUUGAGCCCGUCAUCUUUGAGGAGAAGAGCCAGUACAGAAUAGAUUACGCUUACUUUCACAAAACAUUUGAAGUACCAUCCACACCCAGAUGCAGCGCCAAAGACAUGGAGGAGAGAAAAUUCCCAACGUCUGGUGCCAACUCGUUCUGCUACGAGAACGAGCUGGCCUUCAUCAGCAGGGACGAGGAGGAGGAGGGGGAUGAAGAGAAGGGCGGGAAGUGUUCAUCAGAUUCAGUGAAAGAGCAGAUUACUCCUGGACGUGAUAAAACGUCUUCUCCGAAAGAAUCAGAGAUCUAA